AUGGGGAAGAAUGUUGUUACAAGGAGAGACUUAUUAGACCGAUGGAGAAGCAUCGAAGCUGAAGACAGCGACGAUGAUGGUGGCUGCGGCAAUGAUCACAAGCGUCGCCGUCUCCGUCAGCUCAAAGAAACAUGGUUUUCUGAUGCAUUCAACUUCUUGAUUGAGUUGCCAAAUGACCAACAUAUCUGGUGUGGCCAACGUGACGUGAUGGGACCUCUUUUGGAGACUUUCUAUAAUUAUUCGAAAGAUGAUCCUUGCGAUUCCCCUCUCAAGAUUUUAUGGAGCAGACUUCAUGAGGAAAUGCAAUUCUGCACCCAGUGCAUCUGUCAGCACCAUCAAACUCAGCAAACCUAUGCAACUGACUACGAAUCUGCUUCCAUUGGGCCUCUUCUUCAAGUGCUACGUACCCUUGAUGAAGAAAGGAUAUGUGAUAAUCUUAAAGAGAUUAAUGCAAAAUUGUCUCGGGGAGGCUAUGAUCCAUCAUCGGAUAAUGCUAAAGUCGUUAGCAUCAUGUUUGAGGUUUUGAUGUUUCCCUGUUUGUUAGAUGAUCAAUUAUUGGCUGAUGAAUUCGAAAUAUUCAUAGACGCAAUUGAUAACUGUCACGAGCUGACUUUGGUGGGACAACAACAAUAUCCGGGAGUUUAUGCAUUACUUUUCCUUAAAAGCAGAAGAGCUCGUUCGAUUGGAUAUCGGCUGGCUGGACAGAUGGGUAAAUUAAGGAGAUCAGAAGACCUGGAUCCCUUGCAGCCUUUGCUGAAGAAAUACAUUGCUUUUCUUGAGACAGAAAUAGUGCCGUCACCAGCUGCCACUGCCAGACCUAGGGUGCAACUAGAGAGAAUAACUGUAUGGCUUGGCAUCAAAGCACUGCUAGGGUUCCUUGAACCCCCUGCAUUUGAGGAAGGGAUAUUGGAUCGGUACCCCGUUUUCCUGAGUAUUGUACUUAAUCAUAUUACUGAUGAUUCUUUGGAAUUUUCCUAUGCUGUUAAGUGCCUAAGACUACUCUUUGAAAUGCUCGGUUGUAAGCUUUGGUUGAGGUCAUCAUUGUCUCCGAGUGUUAUGCGUAACACAUUGCUCGGUCAGUGUUUUCAUACUCGAGAUGAAAAAAGCCAUAAAGAGAUUUUUGAUCUUUUUGAGCCUUUCUUGCAGUCUCUUGAAGCUUUGCAAGAUGGAGAUUUCGAAGAACAACGAAGGCAAAUUAUUUACUUUCUUCUCCAUCAAGUGACUGUAAGCAGUAAUUUUAGCCUACUGAUGCGAAAGAAAGCUUGUCAGAUUUCUCUUCUCAUUGUUCACCGAGGUUACAAGAUGAAUCCAACUUGUCCACCUUAUGAGUGUGCACACAUGUGGGGUCCUUCUCUGAUCUCUUCUUUAAGGGAUUCAUCACUCCACAUCUCACUCAGACAACCAGCAUUUGAUCUUAUUCAGACUGUUAUUGUUUCUGAUGCCUCCGUGUUGGUUGGAGCUAUUUUACAUGAUCGUUUGGGUCUGCAUAACGAAGGAGUCAUUCAUACACUAUGUACUGAUGAUAAUAAUGAUGAUGAAGAAAUUUGUUUAAGUGAUGCUAUUACAGAGAAGACCACAAGUUGUUGGAAUGAAUUUCGUUCCCAGAGCAAAAUUACAUCAUUGAGAUAUGGGGAUUGGUUGUGCAUCCCAAUGUUAUGGUUUGACGUCUUAGUUGGGAUUGAUCCUUUAAUCUUACCAGUAUCAUUUUCAAAAGCUGUUUUCUGGGGUCUAUCUCGUUUUUCUAUGGUUGAGGCAGAAAAUAGCGUCGAGAUGGUCAAUUCAACUGAGGAUUUGAUGGCUACUUGUGCUUCCGAAAUUCUUCAUGUUAUCGGAUGGAAGGUACCAUCUGGUUCUGAUGACGCUGGCAACGGAAAAGAGUCCAAAAAUUCAGUUAGUGCCUCCAAGCUGCAUAUGCCUCUUAUAAGGACAUUUAGGAAGUUGGCUUCUCAUUUUAUUGUCUGUAUGGAGCAAGGUGAAUUGAGGAAGCAGUGGACCUGGGAUCCCAUGAUGGCUGAAAGUUUGAUACUUUUACUACUUGAUCCCAAUGAUGAUGAUAGAAAAGUCACUAGGCAUAUCCUCGAGCAAUUUUCUGGAGAAAAAGGGCUUAGUUGUGGUCUGCAGUUUCUUUGUUCAAGCCAAUCUUCGUUGCAAGCUGUCUUUCUGGGCUUGAGCCAUGCUCUGGAACUGGUUGUCUUGGACUCUGUACUGUUAAAAUUUGAGAAAUUACAUCAUUUCUUCUUUGUACUAUGGAAAUUAAUCAAAGAAGGCAAUGUUUCUGCUCAACCAACAGCUGGAAGUUCUCCAGGCUCCUUUUCUUCCCAAGGUGGAUUUCUAAGGCAACUGGAUUUUGAUCUGACUUUACAUGACUCAUGUACACCUCUUUUCAGCUCCAAAUUAUGGGAGCAUUUCAGUGGUUUGAUAUCAGAGAGGGCUUGGCCUUCCUUGCAGAAGUGCUUGGCCGAAGGAAUAGCAUUUAGAGACAACAAAACAUGUCAGAUGACGCUUAUUCGCGUGCUUGAGAUUCUUCCUCUAAUAUUUGAGAAGCUCUGUGAGAAUCCAGCCAGCAUGAUGAAAAUAGUCAAUGACAUGACGUGGCUCCAGGAUUUGAUGAACUGGGGUAGGUCAUCCCUCGCUGUAGUGGCUCGAUACUGGAAGCAGACUCUGGCUUCAAUUUUAGGUCUGCUUAAGAAGUCCUUUAGUGAUUUAUCAGCUCCAGCAAUCAGUGCUCUGGAGGAACUUAUAUCGCCUGACAAUGCUGCAGUGGAGAGAAUGUGUGAUCAAGUUGCACAUCUUUGUGUUUCAUUGAAGGAUGAAGGCUCUUUUGUGCAGAACUCCAGGCCUGUAUCAUCAUUUUCUAAGAAGAUGCUGGAGGGUAAAAUUUUUUUUGUUGAAGAUGUGGUACCUUUUUCCUCAAAGGUUUCAGAAAUGCAUGUCAUAGAUUUGGAGAAAUCAGAUGCUAAAAACAAGGAGAAAUCAUUAUGUACAAACAAGAACAAUGUUAUAAUUCUUCCGGAUGAUGAUGAAGAUGAGCAGGCCGUGUCAGCCUCUGAGGAACUUCCGUCUCGGCUUGGCAGCAGUGGCCUUAGUUGUGACGAUCAAGGUCUUUCUCCUGAUUCCACCAGAAAAGGUUUGAGUUCUGAUAAAGAAAACGAUACUGCUACAUAUGCAAAAUCAUCAAAGACGCUUUGUGAAGAAAGUUCUCAUGGGUUUUGUGUUCCUACAACAGAACAGCCAGGGUCCGACAAAAUUGAUGGCAUUUUGAGGAGGGGAGGCAGAAAAGACAGACAUGAUUCCAAAUACAGCAGAAAUAAGUCUUCUCCGGAGCAGGAUUCUGAAUUAGAUACCGCUGAUGGCUCUUCUGUUUCUGAGAUUGUUGCUGGUUCUGUAGGUCAACGUCCGCUGGAAAUGAAGACAUCGUUUGAUACUGCUAGUAACCAUAAAAGUGAGCACCCGGAGAAUGUUUGCAAAGUUUCUGGACAUAGUAAAGUGGUCCACAAUGAGGUUCCACUUGAAAGAGAAGAUGAUUCAUGGGAAUUUUCGUUCUUUAAGUCAGCAAGGCCUCAUAAGUCAUUGUUUGCUAAGCCUUGUCAUCCCGGUGUCAAGCGACAAGUCAUUCAGCUUAACAUCCCUAAUGAAAACAGAUCUUGGAGGACAAAUUCUGAAUUAAGAAGAUUCAAAGGUCCUAGGCUUGAUGAUUGGUAUAAACCCAUUCUAGAAUUAGAUUACUUUGUAACAGUAGGUCUAGCUUCAUCAUACAAAGACAGUGAAAGAACGGCUUGCAAAUUAAAGGAGGUCCCUGUGUCUUUCAAAUCACCCGAGGAAUAUGUUGAAGUGUUCCAGCCUUUAGUAUUAGAAGAAUUUAAAGCACAGCUUCGCAAUUCUCUACAGGAGAUGACAUCAAUGGACAUUAUGGAUUAUGGAGGCUUAUCCAUACUUUCCGUUGAACGAAUUGAUGAUUUUCAUAUUGUUCGCUGUGCCCAUGAAGACACUGAUCCCGCUGGAUAUAGGAUCCUCAUGGAGAAUGAUCUCAUCUUGCUUACCAAGAAACCACUAUCACAGUUGAACCAUGAUGUUCACAUGGUUGGGAAGGUUGAGAGACGUGAAACAGAUACUAAAAGGAUGUUAAACAUUGUAAAUAUUAGACUGUAUCUAAAACAUGGAUGCGCUCGUUUCAAUAGAGCUCGGAAGUCUCUUGUUGAGCGAAGCAAAUGGUGCAUUAGUCGCCUUAUGAGCAUUACACCUCAGCUUCGAGAAUUCCAGGCAUUGUCGUCGUUGAGGGAAAUUCCUCUGGUUCCUGUCAUCUUAGAUCCCUCGAGUUGCCCUGGUCGUGUUCAUAAUUCGAGGAGGGAAAAUCUUAACAAAACACCUCGAGCUUUGCAGCAGGUUCUCAAGUCCUCAUAUAAUGCCAGUCAACUGCAAGCUAUUUCUGCGGCUACUGGAUCCUUCAACUUGGAACAGGAUUUCGACCUGACCCUUAUCCAGGGUCCUCCGGGGACUGGUAAGACUCGAACAAUCUUGGCCAUUGUCAGUGGUUUGCUUGCUUUACUCCAGAUGAGGAAUGAAAAGAGGAAAGCAAGUUGUGAUCCAUAUUCUAGUGCUGUGUCUAGUACUUGUCCCAGGUUACAGAUCAAUCAAGCUACUGCAAUUGCAAGGGCAUGGCAAGAUGCAGCGUUGGCCAAGCAAAUUAAUGAAGAUGAAAGAAGGAACUUAAAAUCCACUGGCAGCAGUGUCAGAGGGCGGAUUCUUAUCUGUGCUCACUCAAAUGCUGCAGUUGAUGAAUUGGUUUCAAGAAUAUCAACUGAGGGCCUUUAUGACUGCAAUGGGAUGAUCUAUAAACCAUAUCUUGUCAGAGUGGGAAACGCAAAGACUGUUCAUCCAAAUUCGCUACCGUUCUUUAUUGACACGUUAGUUGAUCACCAUUUGGCUGAGGAGAGGGUAAAGGUUGGAAUGGAUGAGACAGUUUUGAACUCUGUUUCAACUCUUCGUUCUAAUUUGGAGAGCAUAGUUGAUCGCAUCAGGUUAUAUGAAGCUAGGCGAGCAAACUUAAGGGAUGGGGACUUGGAAAAUUCUCAAGGUGAGGAGAUCAAGGAGUCAACCGAUGCAGAAAUAGCAGCAAAGCUGAGAGUUUUAUAUGAAAAGAAAAAGGUGACUUAUAAAGAUCUUUCUCAUGCACAAGACCGGGAGAGAAAGGCGAACGAUGAACACAAUGCUUUUAAACAAAAGCUUAGGAGGACUAUACUGAAAGAAGCUGAAAUUGUUGUGACUACACUCAGUGGGUGUGGUGGAGAUCUUUAUGGUGUUUGUGCUGAAUCAGUAUCAAGCCAUAAGUUUAGCGGCUCAUCUGAAAGCGCGUUGUUUGAUGCUGUUCUUGUAGAUGAAGCUGCACAAGCCCUUGAACCUGCUACAUUGAUUCCUCUUCAGCUCUUAAAGUCAAAGGGAACCAGAUGUAUUAUGGUCGGGGAUCCAAAACAGCUUCCGGCAACGGUAAUAUCCAAUAUUGCCACCAAAUAUUUAUUCCAAUGCAGCAUGUUUGAACGCCUGCAGCGUGCUGGUCAUCCUGUCUUUAUGCUUACCCACCAGUAUAGGAUGCAUCCAGAGAUCUGCCGCUUCCCUUCUUUGCAUUUCUAUGAUGGGAAAUUGAGAAAUGGUGAUCUGACAUCCAGUAAAGCUGCAGCCUUCCAUGAGAAUGAGGAUCUAGGACCUUACCUGUUCUUUGAUGUCACCGAUGGAAAAGAGAACCUCAGUAAGAACUCUGGAUCGCAAUCCCUAUGCAAUGAAUGUGAGGCUGAUGCAGCAGUUGAAGUAAUUAGAUUCUUCAAAAAGAGGUACCCAUUGGAAUUUGUGGGUGGAAGAAUCGGUGUCAUAACUCCUUACAGAUCUCAACUUUCAGUUCUGCGUUCCCGGUUCUCCGCUGCAUUUGGUUCUUCUAUCUUGGUUGACAUCGAAUUUAAUACUGUUGAUGGAUUCCAAGGUCGAGAAGUUGACAUAUUAAUACUCUCUACUGUUCGAGCCGCAGAACCUUGUUCUGAAAGAAAAACCAUGCCAAGGACCAGCAAUAUUGGAUUUGUUGCUGAUGUUCGUCGUAUGAAUGUUGCUCUAACGAGGGCCAAGAUCUCGUUGUGGGUUUUUGGUAAUGCAAGGACCUUGCAGACAAAUGAGAACUGGGCUUCCCUCCUUAGAGAUGCUAAAGACAGAAAUUUGGUCAGAGAAAUGACAAAGCCAUACAAAUUCUUUUUUAAGUCCGUUUCUAACGAAGUACCUGCUGUCGAAUUCCCUGUGAAAGAAUUGAGGAAGUCAAAGCUUGUUGAAAAGGUGCAAAUAACUGGUAAGCAUGCUGAAGUCGGGAGGGUAAAUGCCAUUUUGAAAAAGAAGAUUGUAGUCGCAACUGGUGAGAAACCUGUUGACGAGGAUGCAGAAAAUGCUGCUAAAUGUAGGAAAAGAGGAGUAAAUGACAUUGAACCUGCGCUCCCAGUUGAAUCUGUGGUGUUUCAAAAUGGUGGGAAUCAGAGGUCUGGGCAACAGAAGUCGCCAGUCAGAGGAAGUCUAAUCAGUAAUCAUGGAAAUACUCGCCGCAGAACUCGUGAAAUGACUGAUAUGAUUACUGAAAAACUGAAGGGUAAGUCGAGCAAUGAUCCUGUGCUUUUUGAGAAAUUGAAGGGUGCAAAUCGUCAAUUUUUGGAUUCUGCUUCGAGCGGAAGAUGUUUAGAACAGUUGAAGCAGGAGAAAAGGAAACCUGUUACAGCCCCUGUUUUAACAUCUUCUGGAAGAGUCCUGAAAAUGACAGGUGGAAAGGAUCUGGAAGAAAGUUCAGGUCCUGCUGGACAUCUUAAAGAUAAGAUUGCAAAGAGAAAGCAUCAACGUGAUGCUGUUGAUGCACUUCUUUCAUCCGCACUUAUAUCUUCAAAGAAGCGUGAAUCUUCAAUCAAAUCUUUGCCUGCCGCCAGGCCUCGAUCCCCUGCUGGUGAUAUUAGUGAUGAAAAUCGAGCUAUCAGACCACCAAAACAGAGAAGAGAAUUACUUGACACAUCAUCUAUGCAGGUUCCUGAUCUGGAGGGUAGUGAAAUAUGUGGAAGUGCUGACUUACAAUGUCUUCAGCGGGCCUGGAAUCAUUUUGCUGAUUCUUUCUUCAGUGUGAUAACUGCCCAGAUUACAAAUUUUGCUAGUACGCACCAUGCAUCAAGCACCUGA